UCAUAAAACCUUUGCACCCACACUCCAAUUAGAUUUUCUGUCUAAUAUAUCUAUCUCUCUUCUCUGUGUACCUGAGCUACUCUCUGGAUAUCUGGACCAGCCAUGGUGGUGUGUCUAACUGGGCUAUGGAGGUAUCGGAAUUACCUGGUCAUAUUCCUCACCCCACUGUUGAUUCUACCUCUACCCAUAAUAGUUGGGGGACCGGAGGCUAGUUGUGGCUAUGUGAUCAUCCUGACGGCCCUGUAUUGGUGUACAGAGUGUAUGCCCCUGGCUGUGACCGGUCUGCUGCCUGUCAUCCUCUUCCCUAUGAUGGGCAUUAUGGAGUCAAGUGAGGUGUGUACCCAGUACAUGAAGGAUUCUAACAUGCUGUUCGUCGGAGGGCUGUUGAUGGCUACAGCUGUGGAACACUGGAACCUUCACAAACGCAUCGCCCUCAGAGUACUGCUCCUAGUUGGGGUUAAGCCUGCCCUUCUGAUGAUGGGCUUCAUGGGCACCACAGCCUUCCUGUCCAUGUGGAUCGGUAACACAGCCUCCACUGCCAUGAUGCUGCCCAUCUCUAAUGCUGUGCUGAAGCAGCUGUGUGACACAGAGGCCCAGGCAGAGGAGAGGGAGAUGGACCUGAUCUCCCUCAGGGGGGCCGGGCCCGGGACUGGGAUACCUAAGGGCCAGGACAACCAAACCUUUGAUAUGGGUGACAAGGAGAACAGUAUUACCAUAUAUGAUGGAUGUACUACUGAAUGUACAAAGGAUGUCAAGCCCAUGAAGAAUGGAAUUCAGUUAGAGCCCGAGCCAGAGGUGGAGGAGAGUCCGGAGGCGAGGGAGAGGAGGCUAAAGAGGGAGGCUAAGUACCUGAAACUUGAUAAAGGCAUGAGUCUCAGUGUGUGUUACGCUGCCAGCAUCGGAGGUACAGCCACCCUCACCGGCACCGCCCCAAACCUCAUCCUCAAAGGACAGGUCGACGAACUGUUCCCAGGAAAUGGAGACAUCAUCAACUUUGCCAGCUGGUUUGCUUUCUCCUUCCCCAACAUGGUUCUGAUGCUGAUCAUCUCCUGGCUGUGGCUGCAGUUUAUGUACCUGGGCUGCAACAUGAAGAAGUUGUUUGGCUGUGGAACGAAUAAAGAUGGUGACAAGGAGGCGUACGGGGUGAUAAAGAAUGAGUAUAAGAAGCUGGGCAGUGUGUCCUUCGCUGAGGGAUGCAUCCUGGUGCUGUUUGUCCUGCUGGUCCUGCUCUGGUUCACCAGAGAACCAGGAUUCAUGCCCGGCUGGGCCGCUGUGCUCUUCAACAAGGACAAACCAUGUAUAUGUCCCAGGUAUGUCACUGAUGGCACAGUGGCCAUGCUGAUGUCAACGCUGUUCUUUGUGAUCCCAUCCCAACUACCCAGAUGUGGCGGGUACUCUGAGGAUGGAAAGCCCCUGAAGGCCCCUCCCACCCUGCUCAAUUGGGACGUGGUCCAUAAGAAGAUGCCUUGGAACAUUCUCCUGCUAGUGGGAGGAGGCUUCGCUCUGGCCCGGGGCAGCGAGACGUCUGGUCUGUCUCAGUGGCUAGGAGAAAGUCUGGCCCCCCUGCAGUCCAUCCCUCCCGUUGCCAUCUCUUUCCUCCUGUCUCUACUCAUCGCCACUUUCACUGAGUGCUCCAGCAACGUAGCUACUACCACAUUGUUCCUGCCUAUACUGGCCUCUAUGGCCGUAACCAUUAAGCUCCACCCGCUGUACGUCAUGCUGCCCUGCACCAUCUGUGCCUCGCUGGCCUUCAUGUUGCCGGUGGCCACACCCCCUAACGCCAUCGCCUUCUCAUAUGGCAACCUCAAAGUCAUGGACAUGGCGAAGGCUGGAUUCGUGCUGAACAUUAUUGGUGUCAUCACCAUCAACAUCGCCCUGAACACCUGGGGAACAGCUAUGUUCAAUCUCAACACCUUCCCUGACUGGGCCAAUGUUACCACCAUACCCACCCCCUGAUCUAGAGACACCAGAAAGGAAGGAAGGAGGGAAGGAGGAGGAGGAAGACAGUGGAGGGAUGGGAAGAGGGGAGAGAUGCUGUAUGUACACCUCUAUCUGGGGCAGGCUGUAAACAGAAGACAGUGCUGAUGGUCAACCUACUCAGGGUGAUCUAAAGCUGCUACUGUAUACACACUCCAUAUAACAACACACAAAGUAUCUGUUUACCGGUUGGACUGGUACUCCUCCUCCACUCUGGCAAAGUGUUGAUUGUUUUGAAUUAAAUCAAUUUAAAUUAAUCAAUUUAAAUGUUUUUUGUACAGCUAAACUAUGCAGGUUGUAUUUGAUCCUUUUUAGGAUAGACAAAUCUGCUUAAGUUUAGAGGAGCGGACACGAGGUGAAAAUACUGUGUCUGUUUGAGGAAUAGAACAGAACAGAAUAGUUAUACCUUAAUUAUAAGGUAUUCUAUGAGAUCAUUUAUGUUUCUCUGAACAUAUUAUUAUGUCAAAAACAACAACAAACUAACAAACAUCUAUUUAAUGUGAAUGGCGAUCUGUGUUGGAAUACAAAUGUUAAAAAUUUAAAAAGAAUUAGAGGAACAACUGACAGGAUGACCUUUCCAUGACCAAGGGUCAUCAGGGCAGUUGGUAAUAAAAUGAGAUAUAAAAACAUUUGGGUUAUAAUCUGGGUAACAUUCUGCCGUGAUCAUUGCAUGGUAAUGUCACUCAGAGGACAAACAAACAGGUAGUAGGGUGGUACCAUGCAUAGUCAGGUAGUAGGGUGGUACCAUGCAUAGUCAGGUAGUAGGGUGGUACCAUGCAUAGUCAGGUAGUAGGGUGGUACCAUGCAUAGUCAGGUAGUAGGGUGGUACCAUGCAUAGUCAGGUAGUAGGGUGGUACCAUGCAUAGUCAGGUAGUAGGGUGGUACCAUGCAUAGUCAGGUAGUAGGGUGGUACCAUGCAUAGUCAGGUAGUAGGGUGGUACCAUGCAUAGUCAGGUAGUAGGGUGGUACCAUGCAUAGUCAGGUAGUAGGGUGGUACCAUGCAUAGUCAGGUAGUAGGGUGGUACCAUGCAUAGUCAGGUAGUAGGGUGGUACCAUGCAUAGUCAGGUAGUAGGGUGGUACCAUGCAUAGUCAGGUAGUAGGGUGGUACCAUGCAUAGUCAGGUAGUAGGGUGGUACCAUGCAUAGUCAGGUAGUAGGGUGGUACCAUGCAUAGUCAGGUAGUAGGGUGGUACCAUGCAUAGUCAGGUAGUAGGGUGGUACCAUGCAUAGUCAGGUAGUAGGGUGGUACCAUGCAUAGUCAGGUAGUAGGCUGGUACCAUGCAUAGUCGGGUGGUUACUUCCAGCAACUCUGUCUUGAAGAUAAUUGAGGAGAGUGACGGACGACUUACUACCACAGUUUCCAUAACGGGUGAGUCAUCAUCGCCUUUUAAACCAUUAUUAUAUAUAUAUAUAUAUAUAUAUUUUUUACACCUGUUCCCCCCCAUUUUGUGGUAUCCAAUUGGUAGUUACAGUUUUGUCUCAUCGCUUCAACUCGGGAGAGGCGAAAGUCGAGAGCCAUGUGUCCUCCGAAACAUAACCAAACCAAGCCGCUUCUUGACACAAUGCCCACUUAACCCGGAAGCCAGCAGCACCAAUGUGACGGAGGAAACACUGUACACCUGGCGACCGUAUCAGCGUGCUUGCACCUGGCCCGCCACAGGAAUCGCUACGCACACGACCCUACGCAAACAACCAAGACAACGCAGGAGUGGCUUCGGUACACGUCUCUGAAUGUCCUUGAGUGGCCCAGCCAGAGCCCGGACUUGAACCAGAUCUAACAUCUCUGGAGAGACCUGAAAAUAGCUGUGCAGCGACGCUCCUCAUCCAACCUGACAGAACUUGAGAGGAUCUGCAGAGAAUAAUGGGAGAAACUCCCCAAAUGCAGGUGUGCCAAGCUUGUAGCGUCAUACCCAAGAAGACUCAAGGCUGUAAUCGCUGCCAAAGGUGCUUCAACAAAGUACUGAGUAAAGGGUCUGAAUACUUAGGUAAAUGUGAUAUUUCAAAAAAACUGUUUUUACUUUGUCAUUAUGGGAUAUUGUGUGUAGCUCAAUGAGGGAAAAAAACAAUUGAAUCAAUUUUAGAAUAAGGCUGUAAUGUAACAAAAUGUGGAAAAGGUCAAGGGGUCUGAAUAUAUUUCCGAAUGCACUGUAGGUCAUUCACACAUUUUCUAUAGGCUACUGCACUCUGUUAAAGAUAAGGUACAUGUUAUAUUUUCACUGUGGUUUUUUAUGCCCAUUUUUAUUUUCAAAUAGAGCUAAAAUAAGAGGCCUGCAUAAUAUUGUUCUAAUAUGUCUGCUGGGUAGACAGCUGCUGUUUAAUAGCAUAUAGGAUGUGUCCCAAAUGGCACCCCGUUUCCUCCAUUGUACACUAGUUUUGACAAGGCGCAGGUCAAAAGUGCAUAGGGUGCCAUUUGGGAUGUUCCCACUGAAUCACUGGGAGAGUAAAUAAAUAUCUAUUUUAUAUACCUUUACCAUGAGCCAAGAGUGGAAUCACUAAGUUAUAAAUUUAUUUAUGUUCCCUGGGGGUUGGGAGUGUUCUUUUUAGAGUUUUAAAACAUGAACUCAUAAAUCUUGAUAUUUAAGGACACAAUAUUCCUCUCUUUCUGAGUAAACCAGGUCAUCAACAUGUUACCUCUCUCACCUGCCUCUCACAUUGGCUUCAAACAUCAUCAAGCUACCCACAUAUAUUACCACAUACACUACCCACAGUCUUGUUCAAUAAGAAACACUGUUUUACAUGUGUUAUAAACAUCACUUUGUUAAAAUAAUUUAGUAUUGGCAGUUUACACAACGUUAGCGUCUAGCUCUCUGCCAGGUCACUGGCAUCAGGAUUGUCUGUAAAGUUGUCAAGCUACCUUGUCUGGCCUGACCUGGCUGUGUGUGGCAACUUCACCUAGGAUUUCUUACCUCGGUUAACAGUCUAGUAAAAGCAGAGCUCUGUUAUUUCCAGGACUGCUGUUGUCAGGUGUUAUCAGGUAAGCAGUAAGUAGGUGUGUACAAUUUAAACAAUGCUACCUUAUAUAAUGUUACUUACCCUACAUUAUUCAUCUCAUAUGCAUACGUAUAUACUGUACUCUACAUCAUCGACUGCAUCCUUAUGUAAUACAUGUAUCACUAGCCACUUUAACUAUGCCACUUUGUUUACUUUGUCUACAUACUCAUCUCACAUGUAUAUACUGUACUCUAUAUCAUCUACUGCAUCCUUAUGUAAUACAUGUAUCACUAGCCACUUUAACUAUGCCACUUUGUUUACUUUGUCUACAUACUCAUCUCAUAUGUAUAUACUGUACUCGAUACCAUCUACUGUAUGCUGCUCUGUACCAUCUCUGUACCAUCACAUAUUCCUUAUCCCCUUACACUGUGUAUAAGACAGUAGUUUUGGAAUUGUUAGUUAGAUUACUUGUUGGUUAUCACUGCAUUGUAGGGUACUGUAGCUCAGUUGGUAGAGCAUGGCGCUUGUAACGCCAGGGUAGUGGGUUCGAUCCCCGGGACCACCCAUACGUAGAAUGUAUGCACACAUGACUGUAAGUCGCUUUGGAUAAAAGCGUCUGCUAAAUGGCAUAUAUUAUUAUUAUAUAUUAUUGUCGGAACUAGAAGCACAAGCAUUUCGCUACACUCGCAUUAACAUCUGCUAACCAUGUGUAUGUGACAAAUAAAAUUGGAUUUGAUUUGAUUUAGGUGUGUACAGGGAGCACCCAUGUGAGCACCUGAGCCAAAUAACCACAAUAAAAAC